GUGUUGCGUAUGCUUUAAGUUUGCAUUCACAGAAUGAAGCAGAUCAGUUUCAUUCCAGACCAGAAUGAGGAUAUGUCUGAGGGCAGCCUGUCUGUGGAAUCCCUGUUUCUUGCUGACCAAUCCAACAGCCCAGCAGAGGAAAAGAUGAGAGCAGAUAGCUCUGACACAGACCUAGAGAUUGAAGAUACCGAGAGGUCCUUUGCAACCAUGAAGGGUGCAGAGCUAUAUCUAGAAGCUUGCAAACUGGUGGGGGUGGUGCCUGUCUCUUACUUCCUUCGGAACAUGGAGGAGCCUUACAUGAACCUGAACCAUCAUGGUCUAGGACCCCAAGGUGCCAAAGCCAUUGCCAUCGCACUGGUGUCCAACACAACCAUCACUCAUCUGGAGCUGGAAGAUAACUGGAUCCUGGCUGAAGGAGUCAUGUGUCUGGUACAGAUGCUGCGAGAGAACUGCUACAUUCAAGAGCUGAACAUCUCCAAUAAUCACAUUGGCACAGAAGGAGCGGAAGCCAUCUCCAGGAUGUUCCUGGAUAAUAUUUCUAGUCUCCGGGCUGUUCAGCUCUCAGGAAACAACUUUAGGGAGGAAACUGCACAGUACUUUGCCGAGGCACUAGUGGGCAAUUACCGAGUGAAGGAGCUGGACCUCAGCCACAAUGAGUUCUCUGAGAAGGGAGGAGAGCAUCUGGGACAGAUGUUGGCCAACAAUGAAGCACUGGAGUUUCUGAACCUGAGCUGGAACCACUUGCGGAUGAAGGGGGCUGUGGCACUGGGUGCUGGUCUCAGAGUCAAUGGAACGCUGAAGAUACUUGACCUCUCAUGGAAUGGCUUUGGGAAUGAAGGGGCUCUGGCCCUUGGAGAAGCUCUCAAACUUAACAACAUUCUGGUCCAACUGGACAUCAGCAGCAACCAUAUCAACAAUGAAGGGGCUGGGAAGCUGGCCAAGGGGCUAGAGGUCAAUGGAAAUCUCAAAAUCCUGAAGCUGUCUCAUAAUCCCCUAACUGUAGAGGGUGCCAUUGCGCUUGUCACAUCCAUCAGGAAGAAUCCAAAAUCCAAGAUGGAAGAGAUCAACAUCUCAAAUGUGCUUGUGAAUGGAAGCUUCCUCAAGCUGCUGGACGUGGUGUGUCAGGUGCACCCUGAAUUAGAUGUCAUCUAUGGUGGGGUUCGAGGCUUCAUCUCCAAGAAGCCUGAACAGCGUCCAGACCCCAUGAUGCUGAUUCAGGUGAGCAGUCCAGAUUGGCUACAUAGUCUCUCCACACAAAUAAGCAAUGGCCACGUUAACUCCACCCUAUACUGAAAACCCACCGACUGCUACGCCUACCUUCAUA